AUGGCACUCGUAGCCAAGGAAGAAAAGGCACCCCAGAGCCUCAGGAUCCCACCUCCACCACUGAUCUCCCUGUCAGGGUCGUCGGGCCCACAGUUCCGGCUUCUGUCACUGCCUGUGCUCUUGCUUUUGUUACUGCUGCCGCCACUGUGGUUCCUGCCUCCCAUCUCUGUUGCUUCCGACACCCUGAGUGUCUCCCAGUCUGCAGCUUACGACCAGACCCCGCCCUCCUGUCCCUGCUCUGUCCACGCGCGUCCGCCCCGCAGCCUGCUCUCCCCGAGGGCCAACUGCUGCCUCUGCGGCUCGCAGCCCGCUGGCCUCGCUCUCUGGCUGCUGGCGGAGGUCCUGGGAGCACAGCGCCGGAAAAUGGGACUGAGGUGUCUGGGCAUCGCCCUGUGGUUAGCGGGGGCUACGUGUAUCAGUCAUCACCACCAGGUGUCGCUCUUCACCAAGAAAUGUGGAAGAGUACCAUUGAAAAAUGAGAUAGAAGGAUCUCGAAUUAUAGGUGGUCACAGGGCGCCAAAAGGAUCUUGGCCAUGGAUAGUUAGCCUGCAGGUUAUGACAUUUCACAACCAGUCUAAACAUUUUUGUGGGGGGUCCUUAAUUGAAAAAAGAGAUCCUCAAAUGUGGAGAGCUGUUGUUGGAGUCAAUAAUCUUUACCAACAUCCUCAGACGUCUAAGAAAAUAAAGAUUGAUACAAUCAUUAUCCACCCGCACUUUAUCUCCGAAAAAUAUGUAAAUGAUAUAGCCCUUUUUCAUUUAAAAAGAAAAGUGAAUUUUAAUAACUAUAUUCAGCCUAUCUGCCUACCGUUCUUUGAUUUUCUGGUAAACCUGACGAGAAGAACAAGGUGCUUCAUAAGCGGUUGGGGCCGAACAAAAGAAAAAGGUUGGUAUUCUUCUUAUUUGCAAGAAGCAGAAGUUCAUUACAUUCCUCGAAACAUCUGCAAUAGUAAAGAAAGCUAUGAUGAGACUGUUCCAUACACUUCAUUUUGUGCAGGAGAAGAAGCUGGGACCGUAGAUACUUGCAUGGGUGACAGUGGUGGACCUUUCAUGUGCUAUAUUCCAGAAUCUAAAAGAUAUUUCCUAAUGGGAAUUACUAGUUUUGGAUUUGGCUGUGGCAAAAAAAAUUUUCCUGGAAUUUAUACUGAAGUACAGUUCUACAAAAUGUGGGUGAACAACAUUUUGCUUCUAGCAGCUGCCAAAGCCACACAUAAAGUUACUACUUUACAAGGAAAUACAUCGAUAAUUAUGGUUUUCAUUAUUCUACUAAUGUUUACAUAAAACAGCACUAAUUUUGUAUUGAAACUAUUAUUAUUCGUCUCUUAACUGGACAAAAGUGACAAUUAUUCAUUCUUUGAUGAAUUAACUGUUCUCCAGUUCUCAUGCCAAAAAUUUUUGUUGAUGUAAAAGGCAUGUUUCAAAAUUUAACACUGAAUCACAUUAUUUCUUUGGGCAUGUGUGAGUUGAUUAAUUUAUUAUAUAUGAUAAUACUUUAUAUUUUGAAUAUCUUUCCCAGUGUUUAUAUCAAACAUGCUAUGUAAACAUGUCCUUUAUAAUAAAAACAAGAAUCUCAAGUGUCUAUAAUAGAAA